AUGCUGGAGGCGAUCUCCCACCGAACGGGGAUUCCGCGUGGUGAGCUCGUGAAAGGCGGCGGUAGUCAAUAUCAGGAUCAAACCAGUGGCCAUGGACGAAGGUUUCACGCGGCGCACGUUAUACGGGUUGGUGCUAUCGAUGAGCGGUUAAGAGAGAAAAACGUUUCACUUUACAAGGCCUUGGCCAACUUCAUCGGCCACACGCAAGUGGUGCCAAUGGAGGCAAACCAAUGGAAUGGCAUCGGAGGCAAGAUUGACCGUUUCCAGUCGAACCAUUUGGAGCACCUGGCAAGGAUUACCUUUAACGCUUUGUAUGACGAUGCCAACGAAAAGACGAUGACCGAUUUGGUGACACUGAUGGACCAGUUGAUUGGCAGUUUUGGAGAGAUCCCAACGAUUGGCACGGAUUUCCCGAAGACUGCCGAAGAAUGGUUGGACACUCCGGAAGAACUACAUGGAUACGCAGGGCUCGGAUAUAAUAUGGUGAUGAGUGGUUUCUUUGAAACAACCUACCUUGACUCUACUGCCGAUCCGGCCAAGCAGCAAGGCAUGGAAUCCGCGGAACACAGUAGUCACUACAACAAACGUGUACGUGAUCCUAAUCGGCAUAUCUCGACGCGCCUGGUCCGGUACUUCUCCUUCGGUGGCAUUCUGCAGGCGAUGGCCGAAGAAACAAAGCUUUCCUCUGCAGAACUCGUCCAAUGGAGAUCAAGUGAAUCGAACGAUGCCUUAUCCCAUCAUCGAACGAUGCCUUAUACCAUCCCAGAGAAGGUUCAAAGUUCUUAA